UCGCCCCGGGGCCGCCCCCUCCCCUCUCCCCCACCCGGGCGGGGGCGCGCGAGAAGUGGUGACGUCAAGGGGCGCGCGGUGGCAGCACCUCCCCGCGCGCUAGUUAAAAAGAAGAAGAAAAGAGGGAGCGAAACAUGAGAGGCUGUGUGAGAAGCUGCAGCCGCCGGCAGAGGAGACCUCAGCAUCAUCUAGAGCCCAGCGCUGGCCCUGCCUCCGCCUGCCCCGCCGCCACCGCCGACGUUUCUGUUCCUGCUACUGUCUCACCUAAACAACUCCCGUUACACGGACAAGUGAACUUCUGUGGCCGUCUCCUCUUCUUCCUCCUCCUUUUCCAACUCCUUCUCCUCCCACGUCCCAGCUGCAGCGGAAAGCCCCUAACCCAACUGACACUGGCACAGCCGCAAACGGUGUCAUCUGCACAACUUUAUCUCGCUCCUCCGGUUUCCCUGAGGCAUUGGACCCGUCGCCUCGACUUUUCUUUUUUGCAAAGUUGCAUCGCUUUACGUAUUUUCGCCCCGGCCACUUUCCUCAGCCUCUCCAGUGUCCCGCCGCCCCGUAGCCUCCUCCUGGAGCUGCGCCCUAGUGCCUCUGCUGGGCAGUGGCGUUACCCCCCACCCUCGCGCGCCCAGCCCCUGCCGCUCACGGCAGACGAUGCUGAAGAUGCUCUCCUUUAAGCUGCUACUGCUGGCCGUGGCUCUGGGCUUCUUUGAAGGAGAUGCUAAGUUUGGGGAAAGGAGCGACGGGAGCGGAGCCAGAAGGAGAAGGUGCCUGAAUGGGAACCCCCCGAAGCGCCUGAAAAGGAGAGACAGGCGGAUGAUGUCCCAGCUGGAGCUGCUGAAUGGGGGAGAGAUGCUGUGCGGUGGCUUCUACCCUCGGCUGUCCUGCUGCUUGCGGAGUGACAGCCCGGGGCUGGGGCGCCUGGAGAACAAGAUAUUUUCUGUGACCAACAACACAGAAUGUGGGAAGCUACUGGAGGAAAUCAAAUGUGCACUUUGCUCUCCACAUUCUCAGAGCCUGUUUCACUCACCUGAAAGAGAAGUCUUGGAAAGAGAUCUAGUACUUCCCCUGCUCUGCAAAGACUAUUGCAAAGAAUUCUUUUAUACUUGCCGAGGCCAUAUUCCAGGUUUUCUUCAAACAACGGCGGAUGAGUUUUGCUUUUACUAUGCAAGAAAAGAUGGUGGGUUGUGCUUUCCAGAUUUUCCAAGAAAACAAGUCAGGGGACCAGCAUCUAACUACUUGGACCAGAUGGAAGAAUAUGACAAAGUGGAAGAGAUAAGCAGAAAGCACAAACACAACUGCUUCUGCGUUCAGGAGGUUGUGAGCGGGCUGCGGCAGCCUGUGGGCGCCCUGCACAGUGGGGAUGGCUCCCACCGCCUCUUCAUUCUGGAAAAAGAAGGUUAUGUGAAGAUUCUCACCCCCGAAGGAGAAAUAUUCAAGGAGCCUUAUUUGGACAUUCACAAACUUGUUCAAAGUGGAAUAAAGGGAGGAGAUGAAAGAGGACUGCUAAGCCUUGCAUUCCAUCCCAAUUACAAGAAAAAUGGAAAGCUGUAUGUGUCUUAUACCACCAACCAAGAACGGUGGGCUAUCGGGCCUCAUGACCACAUUCUUAGAGUCGUGGAAUACACAGUGUCCAGGAAAAAUCCCCAUCAAGUUGAUUUGAGAACAGCCAGAGUGUUUCUGGAAGUCGCAGAGCUGCACCGAAAGCAUCUGGGAGGACAACUGCUCUUUGGUCCUGACGGCUUUCUGUAUAUCAUCCUCGGAGACGGGAUGAUCACGCUGGACGACAUGGAAGAAAUGGAUGGGUUGAGUGAUUUCACAGGCUCGGUACUACGGCUGGACGUGGACACAGAUGUGUGCAGUGUGCCUUAUUCCAUACCAAGGAGCAACCCGCACUUCAACAGCACCAACCAGCCCCCAGAAGUGUUUGCCCACGGACUCCACGAUCCAGGCAGAUGCGCUGUGGAUCGACAUCCCAUGGAUAUAAACAUCAAUUUAACAAUACUUUGUUCAGACUCCAAUGGAAAAAACAGAUCGUCAGCCAGAAUCCUACAGAUAAUAAAGGGGAAAGAUUAUGAAAGUGAACCAUCGCUUUUAGAAUUCAAGCCGUUCAGUAAUGGUCCUUUGGUUGGUGGAUUCGUUUACAGAGGCUGCCAGUCUGAAAGACUGUAUGGAAGCUAUGUUUUUGGAGAUCGUAAUGGAAAUUUCUUAACUCUCCAGCAAAGUCCAGUGACCAAGCAAUGGCAAGAGAAACCACUCUGUCUUGGCACCAGUGGCUCCUGUCGAGGCUACUUUUCCGGUCACAUCUUGGGAUUUGGAGAAGAUGAAUUAGGUGAAGUUUACAUUUUAUCAAGCAGUAAAAGUAUGACCCAGACUCACAACGGGAAACUCUACAAGAUUGUAGAUCCAAAAAGACCUGUAAUGCCCGCGGAAUGCAGAGCCUCCAUACAACCUGCGCAGACCCUGAACUCAGAGUGCUCCCGGCUCUGUCGCAACGGCUACUGCACCCCCACAGGGACCUGCUGCUGCAGUCCAGGCUGGGAGGGGGACUUUUGCAGAAUCGCAAAAUGUGAGCCAGCGUGUCGUCAUGGAGGUGUCUGUGUUAGACCCAACAAGUGCCUCUGUAAGAAAGGAUAUCUUGGUCCUCAGUGUGAACAAGUGGACAGAAACAUCCGCAGAGUGGCCAGGGCAGGUAUUCUUGAUCAGAUCAUUGACAUGACAUCUUACUUACUGGAUCUAACAAGUUACAUUGUAUAGUUUCUGGGACUGUUUGAAUAUUCUUUUCCAGUGGGCAUUUAUUUUUCAUCCUGUCAUUAAAAAGAAAGACUGCUAUCCUGCUA